GCAAGAAGGGCUCCUCGUCAUGUUUGCCGAUGAGCUCAAGACGCUGAGGAGACUUGGCUUCCGACAUGUCCUACUACAGGUCCUCAACUUCAUGUCGGUCCUGGCGUCUGGGUUCAUGAUGUGGAAGGGCCUUGGGCUGCUCACGAACACGGAGUCUCCGAUUGUCGUCGUUCUCAGUGGCUCCAUGGAGCCGGCAUUCUACCGUGGUGACCUGCUCUUUCUCACAAAUCCCGCGAGUCAACGGUAUAAAGUGGGAGACAUCACGGUGUACAAGAUACCCGGAGCCGACAUCCCGAUCGUCCAUCGUGUAUUGGAAACACACGAUGUUGUGUCAAACGAGAAAGGGCUUGUUGCGGCAAGUCCUCUCGCGCAAAGACAACUGCUUCUCACGAAGGGCGACAACAACCAUAUUGACGACCUUGAGUUAUACCAGGGUCUCGAAUGGCUGGAGCGGCGGCAUAUAGUAGGGAAGGUCAGAGGGUUUCUACCAUAUGUGGGAUACGUUACGAUCGCUAUGAAUGACUUUCCACAGCUUAAGUAUGCGCUACUAGGAGGCCUCGGCCUGCUGGCUCUCAUUCAGCGCGAGUAGAUUGUCCGUUCGUGUUCUCGGUUGUAUUAUUGGUAUCACUUGAAUCUGCACCUCAUUUAUCUUGGGGUCGCGAUAGCAAUGAACGUCUGGUGUCCUGUUAUCCAUCC